CCGACUUUGUGCUCUAAUGAGAAUCUGGACAUUAGUAUGGGGGGAUUUUCUCUCUCAAAUGGUUUUUCUGAAGGUAGCGUUCUGAGAUAUACUUGUCCAGAAGGUUAUUACCCAUCUGUUAAGAGUCGGCAGUGUAAAAAUGGAAGAUGGGACCCAAAACCAACAAGGAAAACACAGUGCAAGAUGGUCACAUGCCCCGAUCCUCGUGGUUUUGAAAACGGCGAUGUCUCUCCUUAUCAGCAGAGGUAUUUUGUGAACAACACAACCAGCUACUCAUGUCAAUCUGGCUACACAUUCAGUGGCUCAGUGUCCCGAAUCUGCCAACCUAAUGGGAAGUGGAGUGGUGGCACACCAAUCUGUGGAAGAAACUCGGAUCACUGUCCUGAUCCUGGUGUUCCCCCUGGCACUACAAGGUCAGGAAAUGUGUUUAAUUUUGAUGACAAAGUCACAUACAACUGUGAGAGUAAACUGACCUUGAUUGGUUCCCGUGAGCGAGUCUGUCAGAAAGGUGGCCUGUGGACGGGGUCAGAACCAGAAUGUUACGCUGAUUUCACAUAUGACACCCCAGAGGAAGCAUCCGACAGUUUAAUCUCUUCUCUAAAGACAAAUCUACAGGUUUCUCAACAGUAUAAAGAAAUAGGUGGAAAGCUUGAUAUCUACAUUGCCUUGGAUGUAUCUGAUAGCAUAAAUGAAAACGACUUUGAAAAUGCGAAAGGUGUCAUUAGUAAACUUAUAGAAAAGAUCAGUUACUAUGAGGUCUCCCCAAAUUAUGAGAUCCUGAUUUUUGCCACAGAUGUUACCAGGAUUGUCUCUAUGCGAGACUUUAAGAUUGGUCAAAAAGAUAACCUCUUACAAUUUCUUAAUAAACUAGGAGAUUAUAAAUAUAGCAGUAAAGGGACGGGACCAGGGACUAAUAUUGCCCAAGUUUACUGGAGGAUUUAUGAGAGUAUGCUAUUUGAGAAGAUCAUUGAUAAAAAGAGCUUUCUUCAGACUCAACAUAUUGUCAUCUUGUUCUCUGAUGGUCAAGCCAACAUGGGUGGAAAUCCCAAACCUAAGGUGGACCAAAUAAAAGAUCUUGUGAUACAAAAGGAUCCGUCACGUGAGGAAAAACUUGACCUUUAUGUGUUUGGAAUGGGUGAUGAUGUAAAUGCUGAGGAUAUAAAUCAUUUAAAGACUGACAGAGGAAAUGAAAAGUUUUUUUUCAAACUUCGAGAUCUGCAUGAUUUAAAGAAGACGUUUGACACCAUGAUUGAUGAGGGUCCCAGGAUAAAACUGUGUGGACUUUACAAAGAUUAUGAUGAUGGCUCAGAUUCCCAUAAGCGUCGUCAAUACCCCUGGUUGGCAAAGAUCAGUGUGGAUCAUAGUGAUGGAAAGAUGUCAAAUUGCAUGGGGUCUUUAGUCACAUCGACCUUCAUCUUGACAGCGGCUCACUGCUUCAAGUUUGACGAUACACCUGAUAGGAUAACUGUUGACAUGGAAUCAAAGUCUGAAGGAAUAAAAGUUAAAGAGUACAUACCUCAUCCUCGCUAUAAUCUCACAGCAAAGCGUCACAAGGGUAUACCAGAAUAUUAUGAAUUUGACAUAGCCCUUCUUCAACUGGAAGAGCCUUUAAUCAUGAGUCCUGAAAUUCAACCAAUCUGCAUCCCCUGCACCAGGGAAACCAGUGGAGCUCUAAAACUUUCAGACCGAGAGGGAACGUGCAAAAAACAUGAUGUGCAUGUUGUUCUGCGAGAUGUUUGUUUUUAA